AUAACGCUGUAGUUAGAUCUCGCAAACACCUCUUCCCUGCACAGGAAGUUCCGAUUCCUAUUGGAAACUGCAGCAUCGCUUUUAGCAUUUCGGAUGUCAUCUCCUGCGCCGUCGUUCCAUGGCCUAGCUUCCGAUCAAGCAUAAGAGGAGGAUCUCAAUGGUGUAUGGGACUCAGCUGAGGUGAUUGUCGCAGUCACAGUGGGGGGCAACAACGGGGUGGAUCGGAUUCGGAUGGACAAGAGCAAGAGCCGUACCGAUCUACUCGCGGCAGGAAGAAAAAAGCUUCAGCAAUUUCGUCAGAAGAAAGACAGUAAAGGGGGAAGUAGCCAUGGAAAAUCUUCGAAAAGGUCUGUUAAGUCUGGAAAAAAUGAGCCUGACGCUGAAGGAGUUACUGGUGGCUCUAUAUCAACAGCAUCAUCUCACCUUACCGAGGGGAAUGUCGAAACUAACGCUGAUCCCUAUUUGGGUAUCAAAGAGGUUUCAGAAUCAGAGUCUUUGGGAAACUCGCUGACUCCUGACUUUAGUGCUUCUUCUGUUGAUUCAUCAUCGGCAAUCAGUAAUGACACAGGCGUUCAAUUGCAAUUGGCUUCUAAUACUGAGUUAGCACUUCAGCCUCAUCGGGGCGGUGAACGUGAAUCUGAGGUGUUAGUCCCAAACGAAGAGGAAACUACCGAGGAUAUUGGUGUUGACAUGUUGGAAAACGUCCCUCUGAGAACUUUUCAUGGUCCUGUUUCAGAAUGUGGAACAACGCUUGACCAUAUAUCAAGUCCUGUUGACAUGUUGUCCGUACCUGCUCCAGUAACCACUGAAGCGGGAAAGUCUUCUAGAGUUGAAAGAGAGAGCAGAGAUGCGGAGGAAUCCUUUAUUUUGUCAGGGGAAAUUCCUAAUACGUCCGAGUCAGUUAAAAAUGGAGGGGAAAGCACUCAAGAUGUCGGCACUGAAAUGGUGAAGGACCUGUCUGAGACAACUUUGCUUAGCCUUGGUUCUAAAGGUGUCACAGUGAAUGACCAUAUGUCCGCUCCUGUUGACAUGACGUCCGUACCUGGUCCAGUAACCUCUACAGCAGGCAACGCUUUUAGACUUGAAAUUAAGGGUGAAGAUAAGCAGGAAGCUUUGCUACUAUCUGAGGAUAUCCCUAAUUCAUCUUUGAUGAAAGCAAUGGAAGAUCAGGAAGCUGAUGGUCUGGAUAAAAAGCAAUAUGGUCAAAGCAGUCAUAUGCAGAUUGAUAGCCAGAAGAAUCUCAAAUUGUCUGAGGUUGGUGAGAGUGCUCGGUUUGUGUCAGGACUUGCUUUGGAUGACAAUAAAAUAGAGGAGGCAUCUCAUGAAGCAGCCCAAAUUGGCGAGGCAGUUGAAGCUUCAUCAUCUCUUGAGGAUGUCACAUCCAGUAGGCGUUCAGAUUCUGCUAAAGGGAAGGACAAUGAAAUUGCAAUUGCUGGACAUGUCAAGAGAAAUCUGGAAGGGGAUCCACUGCCGGGUUCACCUCGUGUUGGACUGCAAAUGCUUCUUCCUUCCAGUGAUGAACAGAGUAUGAAAGAAGUAGUUUCUAGUAGUGACAGGGGACUAGAGGAGAGGCUUGACCAGCAAGAUUCUCCGGCUCAGUCGUUAUAUGUGGAGAAAAGCCAUGAAUUUCCAAUGGGAGUUCAAGAGACAAACUUGGCCGGACCAUCGGUUGUUUCUCCGACAUUUGAUGUGAGCUCAAUCAAUCUCUUGCAGCUGACAGAACUUAUAAGGGGACUUGGUGAAGAAGAGUACAACUUUCUGCUUAAGUCAAGUAGAACAUUUUCUAAUGCAGAUCCUAUAUUCAGCACCUUAAUUCUAACAGAUCAUGGUUUUUGUGAAGUGUUCGAGAGACUCAAAGAAGAGUUAUUUCUUGCUGUUUUUAUGAAAGAUUUAUUCAAUUUACAAUUGGCUGAACAAUUGGAGCAACAACUGGUGUCUGACAACCGGAGUUAUCAGUUGAUUAAUGAACUAUCUGAGCUUCACGCUUUAUGUAGUGCAGUUAGUGAGAAGAAUCAACUACUUGCUGAAGAACUUUCAAAUUGUCGUCGACUGCAUGAUAUUGCCAACAAGAAUGCAGAAUUGCAGAAGAAGUAUGCUUCUGCCGAGGCAGAGAUUGAAGCACUCUCUGCUAGAGCACUUGAGUUGCAGAAUUGUUAUGAAAUUUCUCAGAAAGAUGCACUUGAUCUGUCUAGAGAGCUGGAUGACUGUAGAGGGUCGAUUACGGUUUUACGUGCAGAAAACAAGGGCAUGAAUGAAUCAGUCGCGUUAAUGAUUGAAGAGAAAAAGAAACUUGUGGAGGAAAAGGAGUUUCAUCUAUGUGAAAGUCAGAAGCUGUCAACAGAAUUAGCUCUUUUGACCAGCAAGAAUGCAGAACUGCAAAACCAAUGUGUUUCUGCCAAGGUAGAGACUGAAGAACUUUAUGCUAGAGUAUUUGAGUUGCAGAAUACUUGUGAAACGUCUCAAAAAGAUGCGCAGGAUCUGUCUACGGAGCUGGUUGGCUGCAAAGGCUUGGUCUCAACUUUACAAGCAGAAAAUAAGGAAAUGAAUGAAUCGGUUGCAUCAAUAAUUGAGGAGAAAAAGAAACUUGCAGAGGAAAAUGAGUAUCAUCUACGUGAAAGUAAGAAGCCGUCAACAGAAUUAGCUGAUGUCAAGAGUUCAGUGGAAGGACUAAAAGCUGAAAAUUUAAAUCUAAAUGGGAAAUUGUCUUUGGUGACUGAAGAGAAGAAUAAGAUUGAAGCCGAAAUUCAGCAUCUCUCCCAUGAAAUUGACAGGCUAUCAAUGGAGUUGGUUGAGAGUAGAGAGUUGGCGGCAAGUCUACAGGUAGAAAACUCUAACUUAAGUGGGAGCCUUGCACUGUCAGUCGAUCAGACUAAAAUGCUUGAAGAGGAUAAAGAAGCUGUUAUUCUUGAGAAUCAAAGACUCUCGUCUCAGAUUAUUGUUUUUCAGGAGCAGUUAUCUAUAGAAAUUGAGAAACUAAUGAAGUGCGAAGUUGAACUUGAAGAGGCCACAUUGCAGCUUGAACAAGUCACCAAGGAGAACUUCUUUGUGAGAAGCACUUUGGAUGCGCAUAAGGCUAACGCAGAAGAAAUUGGCAAUAAAUACAGCCAACUGCUAUCUCAAUAUGAUGAGCUCUAUAGUCGAGCACAGAUGGCAGGGCAGAGAUGUGAGGACCAUCAAAGUAAAAUUACAAAAGAUUCUUUGCCUGUCCUUUUGGAGCGAGAUGGAAAAGGGGAUCCUGGGGAGCCAUCAUUGAAUCUACUUGAACACGAGGACUUUUAUAGCUCUAUUGGUUUUGUUGCUUUGAAGAUGCGUCUGGAUGAGAUGGAGAGUAUUUUGGAGAAACUAGAAAAGGCAACUGAUCGGUUACAUUCUCAUUCGGUAUCACUUGGUCGGUCCCCCGGUAAAAUUUCCUCAGCUGGGGUUUCAAAUUUGAUAAAGGCCUUUGAAUCGAAAUCACAAAAAAAUGAACUUGAGGUAGAGGAAAAUGAUCCCAAUGAGCGUCAGGUACCACCCGAUCCAUUUAUGUCAGCCAAAGGGAAAAUUGGAGACUUGAGAGCGUCGGUUACAAAAUGGAGAUUGGAUGUUCAAAACGCUGGUGUAUUGUUUAAGGAGGAGCAAGAUGGUAGGAAGAGUAGUGAAGCCAGGUGUAUAGAACUCCAAGAUCUCUUCGAAACAUUGAACCAACACUGCUUGAAUUUGGAAGUAUCCAACAUUGAACUUACUGUUCAAUAUGAAGUCUCCAGGCAACUUCUGGUAGACACACAAGAAAGUAAAUGUCAUCUUGAAAAACUCUUUGAAGCUUUAAACCAAGAAGAUGUCCUUCUCAAGGCCAAACACGUUGAGCUUUGUGAAAAGCUUGGAAAUUGCAAGUCGAAAAUCAGCAACUUGAUUACUGAAAUAAAUGGUGUGCAACAAAGUUCAAAUGAGAUGGCUUCUACUAUUGGUAUUCAACUUGAGAAUUUGCAGAAGGAGGUGGCAGAUAGGGCAAUGUUUCUUGAGCAAGGUUGGAAUACCACAGUUGUCGGGAUUGUUGAAGCAACUAGGAGACUGGGUGAAUCAGUUGGGGAGGCUUUGUUAGCAAACACCUCUGUUGGUUCCCUUGAUGGUUUGGAUGUCAAUCAUCGGCUUGUAGUUUCAGUUAGUGCAGCCACUGAAUUGAUUGUUGAUCUUAAGAAGAAGCUUGAAGCUACUUAUACAGAACAUGAAAUGAUGCGUGCCUCGGUAAGAGAAGCGAGUGCGAAAUGUGAUGAUUUGCUUGAGAAGAAUGAUCUAGCUGUCAGUAUAUUGCAUAAGAUUUACAGUGACCUGGGGAAACUUGUUCUUAACCACGUCGGACCAGUGGAUGAAAGGAUGGUUGAUAUACCAAGUGAUGCAUUGCUUGAUCCACUGAACUAUGCCAAUUAUGAGCCCAUAAUGCGAUCUCUUGAGGGUAUAAUGAUGGAGAAGCUUGAACUUGAGUCUGUUUCCAUGGCGGUAAAGUCAGAAUUAAGUCGCAGGGAAAAAGAAUUGGAGGAAUUGAGCUUUAAGUGUGUUGGCUUAGAUGUUGUUAGUAAUAUGAUUGAAGAUAUUGAAGGUGUGCUGCAUGUAGAAGAUACUGAUACCAAACUAAGUAGGCAACCCCUCCUUCAUCUCGCAUCUUUGGUGUCUAGUCUUGUUCAGAAAACUAGUGAGGCUGACAUGCAGGCACGAAUAGCUAAAGAGGACUAUGGAUCUAAGACGCUGGAACUGACUGAAUUACAUGCAAAGAUCCAUUAUUUAGAUGCUUUACAUAUUGAGCAUGAAAACGAAACCUUCAUUCUCAAAGAAAGCUUACGUGAUGCGGAGGAAGCUCUUAUUGCUUCUCGUUCUCAGUUAUAUGAGAAAACAAGGGAACUGGAUGAGUCAGAACAGCGCGUGUCUUCUAUUCGGGAGAAGCUUAGCAUAGCAGUUUCCAAGGGGAAAGGGCUGGUUGUACAGCGAGAUGGCCUCAAACAAUCCAUGGCGGAGACUUCCAAUGAAUUGGAGAGAUGCAUGCAGGAGUUACAGUUGAAAGAUGUUAGAAUCCACGAAGUUGAAACAAAACUUCAGACCUAUGCAGAGGCUGGUGAGCGUGCAGAGGCUCUGGAAUCGGAACUUUCAUAUAUUCGUCAUUCAGCUAAUGCCUUGAGAGAGUCAUUUCUUCUUAAAGACUCAGUUCUUCAGAGACUAGAAGAGAUUUUGGAAGAUUUAGAUCUGCCGGAGCAGUUUCAUUCGCUAGAUAUAAUUGAAAAGAUUGAUUGGUUGGCUAGGUCAGCUGCUGGUAACACAUUAGCCUUAAAUGAUUGGGAUCGGAGAAGCACUGCAGAUGGAGGUUCUUAUUCGAAUGCUGGUAUUGUUGUCAUGGAUGCCUGGAAAGAUGAUGGUCAGCUGCUAUCUGAUGCUGGGGAUGAUUUAAGAAAAAAAUUUGAGGACUUAAAGAGCAAGUAUUAUGAGUUGGCCGAACAAAAUGAAAUGCUGGAGCAGUCGCUGAUGGAAAGGAACAGAUUAGUUCAGAGAUGGGAAGAACUUGUGAACAGGAUAGAUAUGCCUGCACAUUUGCGAUCCAUGGAGACAGAUAGCAGGAUUGAGUGGUUAGGAAGAGCUCUUGUUGAGGCUAAUCAUCAUAUUGACUCACUUCAGAUGAAGAUUGAAAGAUAUGAUAGCUAUUGUGGGUUGCUAAAUGCUGAUCUGGAAGAGUCUCAAAGGAGAGUAUCUGCUCUUCAACAAGACCUCAGGGCUGUUACCUCUGAGAGAGAGUAUCUUUCUGAAAAAGCGGAGGCUUUGAUGUAUGAGUGCAAGAGACUACCAAUGCAUUCAAAGCAAGUUGAACUUGAAAAUGAAAAGUUACAUCAUGAAAUAACUAUCUUGGAGGAGAGCUUGGAGCAGAAAGGUGUUGUUGAGGGACAAAUUCUCAUUAUCGAGGGAAAAAUCAGCAAAUUGCUAGAUUUGGUCAGUGACGUCUUGCAGGGAUCCAUAGCGGAAAACCUGAUGUCUAGUAAUGGAAGUAUUGAUUCCUUGGAAGUAUUACUUAAAAUGCUUGUAGAAAAUUAUGCAACUCUCUUGUCAGAAAAACUUGCAUAUGGGGAUGCACUUGAUAGGCACGGCACACAAAAAGAUGAUGGAACUCUUCAUGAGGAAAGAAACAUGGAUAUGAUUAGUAAGGAAGACCCAUUUAUAGUCAGUUUGAGAAAAGAUCUUGAGGAGGCCUUACGUGAAUUGAUGCAUGUGAAGGAGGAGAGAGAUGGAAAUUUGGAGCAUCAAAUAUCUUUAUCUGGUGAAGUUGAAGCCCUGGGUAAGAAAACUGAGGAGCUGCAGGAGCUUUUAAAUCAAGAGGAGCAGAGAUCAGCUUCUGUUAGAGAGAAGUUGAAUGUUGCAGUGAGGAAAGGGAAGGCAUUGAUACAACAACGAGAUAGUCUAAAACAAACAAUUGAAGAGAUGAAUAGCGAGAUGGUGCACUUGAAAUAUGAGAUUAGGAAUCAGGAAAAAACUCUCGCAGAGUAUGCACAGAAGUUCAAAGACUUGGCAACUUACCCAGAUAGGUUAGAAGCUUUAGAAUAUGAGAGCUCGCUUCUGAAGAAUCAUCUGGCAGAAACAGAACAUCAUCUGCAGGAGCGGGAAUACACUCUGAACAUUAUUUUGAACAAGUUAAGUGAUAUUGAGGUUAGCGGUGACAAUGACACAGGUGAUCCUGUCAAGAAGUUGGAAUUGGUUGGGAAGUUAUGCUCUGAUCUGCAUACUUCUGUGUCUUCUUUAGAACAAGAGUCUUGGAAAUCUAAAAGAGCAGCGGACCUUCUUCUGGCUGAAUUGAACGAGGUUCAAGAGAGGAAUGAUGCUUUUCAAGAGGAGCUUGCAAAUGUGACUGUUGAACUUGCGUAUAUCAGAAAGGAAAGGGAUUCAGCUGAGGCUGCUAAAGUGGAAGUUCUUUCGCAUCUUGAAAAGUUAUCAGCUCUGCAUAUAGAGGAAAGAAACAAUUAUUUUUCUGAGCUCUUGGUAUUAAGAUCUAGUAUGAACGAACUCCACACAAGCUUUGGCGAAAUUGGCAAGUUAUUGGCUAAUGUACUUUUCAUGGACUUGGAGUCUUCUCGAAAACUUGAGAUUGGUCUUAAGUCAUGCUUGAAUGACAACAAUGCUGCAAAUGGGGUCGAUUCACAUGUCAACAGUGGGUGUGAUGGCGAUUUACACAAGUCAAUUGAUAAUAAGAAGGAAGCCAUAUCUGUGGAUUCUUGGACGAAUUUUGACAAAGUUGAUCGUGCUGAUGAUACUACCAUCAUUAAAAUUUGUCAUCUUCUGGGGCAUCGGCUGCAAGACUUCUUAAUGGAUUUCACUUCUCUUAAGGAAAGCUUAAACAGGCACUCGCGUUUAACACAGGAGCAAGAAAGAACUCUUUCUAAUCUAGUGGUGACUAUUCAAAGAGAAAUGACUUACCAAAGAGAGUCAUGCGAAGCCUUGAAGAGCGAAAUUAGUGAAAAAGACGGGGAACUGGCUGCAUUAUGUGGGAACGUUGCCUACCUCUAUGAAGCAUGUACUAACUCUGCUAUUGUGAUUGAACAUGGAAAAGAUGAACUUAUUGGAAACAAGGUAGCAUCUUCGGAUCUAGGAAUAAAUUUGGAAGAAGCAUCACUUGUUGAUGGUGGAGAACCUUUCAGCGGCCGGGUUCAGUUGAUGUCUGAAAAAUACAUUAAGACUGUAGCAGAGAGAUUGCUGUUUGCUGCAAAAGAAUUUGCUACUGUAAAAUCAGACUUUCUAGAUGCUAACCAAAAGGAGAUGAAGGCUGCCAUAGCAAACCUGCAGGGAGAGCUCCAGGAGAAGGAUGUUGAAAGAGAGAGGAUUUGCUUGGAACUUGUAAAUCAGAUUCGGGAUGCUGAAUCUGCUACUAAGAGUUGCACUCGAGAUCUUCAAGCUUCUAGGAUUCGAGAGAAUAAUUUAGAAAAACUGGUGGAAAAGCUUGAGGCUGAAAGGAAGAUUUUGGAUCAGGAAAUGAACAAAUUGCAAGAUGCACGGUUGACUGCGGUUGAGUUAGAGGAGAAAAUCGGAUCUCUGACUGAUUUGGUUUCUGCCAAAGACCAACAAAUAGAGGCUCUAAUGCAUGCACUUGAUGAGGAAGAGAUGCAGAUGGAAGAGUUGAUGAAAAAGAGUGAGGAACUUGAACAUCUUUGUGAGCGGAAGUGUCUGGAAAUCGAGAAGCUUGAAGCCUCUCGUGGUAAACUUAUGAAAAAGCAUUCCAUCACAAUAAGCAAGUUUGACGAGCUUCACCAUCUUUCUGCAAGUCUCCUUGCUGAGGUUGAGAAGUUGCAGUGCCACUUACAAGAACGAGACGCUGAGAUCUCUUUCUUAAGGCAAGAGGUCACAAGAUGCACCAACGACAUUCUUCUUGCAUCACAAAUGAACAAGAGAAGUUCCGAUGAGAUUCUUGAGUUCUUGAUGUGGAUUGACAUGAUGGUAUCUCGAGAGGGGACGCGUGAUAUGCAUCCUGAGGCGAAAAGUGACAGUCACGUUGAUGAAUACAAAGAAAUGCUUCAUAAGAAGCUGAUUUCUGUAUUAUCAGAAUUGGAGCAUUUGAGAGGAGAUGCGGAAAACAAGGAUGCUCUGCUACUGGAAGAAAGGAGUAAGGUGGAUGAGUUGGCACAUAAAGCAGAAGCUCUUGAGAUGUCUUUGCGUGAGAAAGAAUCACAAUUGAAUUUGCUUGAAGGUGUGGAAAAGUCUGGAAGGGGAGCUAACACGAGCUCAGCCUCAGGAAUUUUGGAGGUUGAACCAGUGAUGGAUAAGUGGACAGCAGCGGUGACGUCUGCGACAUCUCAAGUUCGUAGUUUGCGCAAAGGCAAUAACGAUCAUGUUGCCAUUGCUGUAGAUGUAGACCCUGGUAGUACUAAUAGGAUAGAGGAGGAAGAUGACGAUAAAGUUCAUGGUUUCAAGUCACUUACUUCUUCGAGAAUUGUUCCGAGAUUUACAAGACCUUUGAGCGACAUGAUUGAUGGCUUAUGGGUUUCAUGCGAUCGAGCUUUGAUGAGACAGCCUACCUUGCGACUUGGAAUUAUAAUUUACUGGGCCAUAAUGCACUUAUUACUUGCUUUUUCUGUAGUCUGAGAAGCUCUGAUUCGGAAGCUUACGAGUCAGGUUUGGCUAAUCUAUUAUUAGGUUGGUCUGCUUUAUAUAAUCUGAAGCCAGUCACGGGAGGGGGAGGAGGGGGAGGUUUAACCCUAUAGAUUUGGGGUUGUUAGCUCCGCCUAAACGUGCAAAAUUAUAAGGUUUGGUUGUAGAGUAUCUCCCUUCCUCUUUGUUCUUCAUCUUAUGACUCAGAGAUAUCAUCUAUUAUCAGCAAUAAAAUGAAAACAGAUAGAGUAGUGAUCAAUAGAAAAGAUAACAGUGAAGCAGAGUCACAAAUAAGCGUUUUCUAAUACUGGGGAAAGAAAAAUGAAGAGCAUGCUACCCAAACCCUAGUUGUGGGUUGUCAAGAAACAGGAAAAUACGAUACUUGGGGAUUCCUUUACCUUCUAGUAUUCUUCGGACAUCUUGUAGGAGGACCACAUGGGGAUAGGAGGUAAUUCUUUUUGUACUGACAUUUUUUCCCACCAUUUAUCUGGAUAACAAUUAGCAAUUUCAGAGUUCACCAUUCUUUUUGUAUCAAAUGACCAUAUCAUGACAGUGAAAAUUUUGCAGUUUCCAGAAUCAUAUGACUCUUAUUGGCCAUAAUGCGCGACUUGUCUUUGUAGUGUUCCAAGUAGGGAAUCAACUUUGACUUUUAUACGCAUGUUAUGUGAUAUUCUCAGCUUGUGCUU